AUGAUUACAAAUAUUAACAGAUCUCCAGAGACUGAUGAUAAUAUAACUGCUCGUCUUAUUCAAAGACCAUCAAAAUAUCGAUACACAUUUUAUCAUCUGAGUACAUUCAUGUUGACAUUUAUUAGCUAUGCUAUGUUACAUGCUGCAAGAAAAGUAUUUUCUAAUGUUAAAUCAACUAUGGCUGAAGAAUGGAGUCCAGUAGCAAAUCAAACAAUCAAUCCAAUAAAACCGGAUGAUAUUUGGAAUCAAAAACGUCUUUUUGCUUCACCUGAAAAUGCCACAAUUUUCUUGGGUGUAUUAGAUGCUGUGUUUAUGUUUUCUUAUGCUACUGGUCUAUUCGUAAGUGGCAUUAUUGGUGAUCGAUUUGAUCUUCGAAUUGUUCUUUGUGUUGGAAUGAUUGUUACUGCGGUUGUGAUUUUCCUAUUUGGUGUACUGAGCGAAUGGUUACAUAUAUAUUCAAUUGCUUGGUAUAUUUGUUUUUGGAUUCUUAAUGGUUUAGCUCAAUCGACUGGUUGGCCAUGUGCAGUUGCCAUUAUGGGAAAUUGGUUUGGAAAGGAAGGUCGUGGUUUUAUUUUUGGUAUUUGGAGUGCAUGCGCCUCAGUUGGUAAUAUAUUCGGUGCAACAUUAGCCGCUACUUUUCUUACAUAUGGUUAUGAAUAUCCGUUUCUUGUUUGUGCUGUUUUAUUAGCUUGUUGUGCUAUUAUAUGUUUUUUUGCUAUUAUUCCGUCACCAGCAGAUGUUGGUAUGGCAGCUACACAUGUUAAUGUAUCAGGUGAAGAAACAACAACUACAGUCAAUGAUCGUGAGACAGGUGAAGAAACAGAAAUAAUUGUAAAACCGCCAGAUUCAACAGCAAAUAAACCAAUAACAUUUUUUCAAGCAUGGCUUUUACCUGGUGUAGCUAUGUAUUCAUUAUGCUAUGCUUGUCUUAAAUUAGUUAAUUAUUCGUUCUUUUUUUGGCUUCCAUUUUAUUUACAUGCUAAAUUUCGUUGGCAAGAAUCUGAUGCUGAUUUACUUUCAACAUUAUAUGAUGUUGGUGGAAUUAUAGGUGGAAUUGUUGGUGGUCUUAUCUCUGAUCUUGUUGGUCUUCGAUCAAUUGUUGUCGUUCCGGCAUUGCUUAUUGCUAUUCCAAUGUUAUUUAUUUUUAGCAGUUUAGCUAAUAAUAAAGCAAUAAAUGGAUUUGUAAUGGCUGUGACUGGUGUAUUUAUUGGUGGUCCAGCUAAUAUGAUUAGUGCUGCCAUAACGGCUGAUCUUGGACGACAAGAAGUAUUAGCUGCCAAUGAUCAAGCUUUAUCAACAGUAACUGGUAUUGUUGAUGGAACAGGAAGUUUUGGAGCGGCUAUUGGGCAAGUAUUAAUUCCAGUUAUUGAAAAACGUUGGCACGAUUGGCGAUUCGUUUUCUAUUUUUUUGUUCUUAUGACAUUUGUUACCUGUUGUUGUGUUUUACCAUUGUUUAUUCGUGAAUGUAAACUAGUCAUAAACAAAAUUAAAACUCGAUAUUCAGCUAAUCGUCAACAAAAUUAUGAUACGAUAUAA